AGCCACUUUGGCUCUUCAGGGCCGGAGUGAGGUGUGGGCUGGAAUGGCUGCCAAGGAAACGCGCGCCUACAAAGCGGCGAGCGCUGGGCCGGUGAGGAACAAGGCUCCAGAGGAUGUGCGCCCAAGCGAUUUUAGCUCCUUCAAGCAGAGCACGUGUCGAGAUGACCUUUUGCGGCUCAUUGUGGCGCGUUGCUUGGGACGGACAGGACUGUCAAGAUGACUAUACCUUGCCCAUCGAGAAGAAUCAGUGGAGAAAAUCCUUAGACUCGAUCCUGAGGAGCAGUUAUGCCAAGGACCGUGGUGUUUCUGACGACGAGGUUGAGAUCAAGGUGAAGUUUCUUCUGCCGCAGGCAGGGGCAGGACUCGGCUGGCUGGAUAGCAGCAAGUCUCCGCUGCAGUUAAAGCUCAAGGAUGGGGGACAGCGACAUUGUGGAGGUGCUCUUCGCCAGGGCAGAGCCAGCCAGUGUACCAGAGGAUGGCAUGAGCCGUGAGGAGGCGAUGAAGCUCCUGCAGCAAGCGAGGGCGAAAGCCUCCAAAGAGAUGGUACAAGAGGUAUUGGUAUGGCAGGUUUGCGGAAGAUGACCUGCUGGUGGGGCCGGGUCUGGAACUUCUGGCAGAUUUAGAGUAGAGAAACAGCCUGCGCUUUGCAAGAGCACCUUCAGCGUCAGAGGCAACAAGUGCGACGUGCUGCGGCUGCUGUCGCGCUUGCUGGGGGAAUUGCAUAGCUGCAAUGCCCGGGUGCAAACUGCAGGGUGGCGCCUCCUGACACAGGCCGCCAAGGACCAGGAGCUGAGACCCCUCCUGCGCCGCUGCCAGGCUGUGGCUCUUCGAUUGCAGCGGAUUGAUGAAAGAGAUUCAAAGCCGGGGCGUUUCUUGGAGCUCACCGGCUAUACUCCGCCGCCGAGGGCAGAGCCAGAGGGCGUCCUGGUGGUCCCUCCGGCUAGGCCGCAGGUGCCGCUGCUGGAGCGCUACGGUCAGGAGGCGGCCUCCGCGGCGGUGAAGCUCCGCACAGCCGUGCAUAAGGAUGAUGCAAUGGAUAUCGAGAAGGCCUUGCACAACAUCAUCUUGAAGAUGCAACGUCAGGACGUGAACUGGCAGGCUGUGGAGGCCACCGGUGUGGGGCCCAUCUUCCGCCAGCUCAGCAGCUUCCACGGCGAUGGCGACAUCCGGCUGCUGGCGCGCAAGGCCGUGCUGGAGGCCACGAAGCUUCAACAAGCUGAAGCUCUUAGGUAGGCCAAGGUAUGAUGAGCCAAUGGUCGAGCAGCUGGCAGUGAGGGUGAGUGUUUUUCUCUU